ACUCAGUCACACCGUCAGUCGGGUCAGGAUUCAGCCCCCUCUGCCAACCCUCCCAAUGACGAAGUCCAGUAUCAGGGAUCGAAAGCACCCGCACUGAUCUACUUCGGGGUAGCCUCUCAUCUUUCUGACUUCCCACCCUGAGAAGACAGGCACAACUUCAGGCGACCCCCCGAGGGGCCUUCAGGACAGUUUGUACUGACGCCCGGUGUCUCCUGUGACUUCUCUUCGCCUCACAGCAACAGAUUCCCAGGGGCAGCCAUCAUGUCGCAGUUUUCCACCAUGACAACCAGCGAAAGGAAAAUGCAGGCAGCAGCGAUCUGCAGGGAGUUUCAAGGCCAGGAAGAUGCACACAUGGACCUCGGGAAGAAAGUGAGUGUGCCUAAAGACAUCAUGCUGGAGGAGCUGUCUCUCACUUCCAACCGCGGCUCCCGACUCUUCAAAAUGCGCCAGAGACGCUCCGAAAAAUACACGUUUGAGAGCAUCCAGAAUGAAACUAACAGCCAGCUGAAUAGCCAAACUGUUUGCCAGGCCGUGAAUGAGCCCGUCGCCGGCGGUGGGAGCGGCUCGGGUGUCGAGCAGCCGUGCAACGUAUCAUCCAACCCACAAGACGCCACGACGCUGCCAAAUCCGGACAGCAUCGCCCCGGGAUACGGAGGUCCGUUGAAAGACGUCCCUCCGGAGAAGUUCAACUGCACAGCUGUGCCGAAGUCCUACCACUCACCAUGGGAGCAGGCCAUCAUCAGUGACCCUGCUCUGGCUGACACACUCGUCAUCCGCAUGCCUGAACUCGAGCCCCGGACAAACAUACCAGGAUACAAAAGCUUCAACAGGGUGGCAACCCCUUUCGGGGGCUUCAGCAAGGCGCCGAGACCCGAGACCGUCGCAGCCCCGCAGGUGGAAGCGCUCCCGGAGAUCCCCGGUCUCCAGGGAGACGGUGCUCCGAACCGGCCAUCCUUCAACAGAGCGGCUCUGGGGUGGGUCUCGGCCGGCGGCGCAGUCCCACUCCCCAACGUUUCCCUCGAGCCCGCGUUCAUCCCUGAGUCAGAAGACCUUUGAACCCACGGAGAAGCAUCACAGGGGGGGGGGACAGGCUGUGGAAGUCGCAGCUUCACCCAAGGUUGUUGUGGUGCUUGGUGACAUUUGUUUCAGAGCAGGAGCUUGAGGGGAAAGCAUCCUGUUGGUAACCAUCACACUGCAGGGAGGAAACUGAAUAUAUAACGUUGUAAAUUAAGAAGAAGCAGUAUUGGGAAAAUAAAAAAAAGAAGUAAGAUUGUAUAUUAAUGUGCACAGGAAUGUUUUUUCUCAAAAUAAAUUUGAAUAGAAGCGA